CCUACACUUUCGAGCUCAAGUGAACGCAGCAAAGUCAGAAAACAUGGCGUUGACCAAGAAGCGCAACGUGAGUUCGAAGUUAAAUCCAAAAAGACCCAAAAUUGACAUAGAAAGCAUCGUUGAAGGUAUACUAGGAAGCAGGAAGCGAGCGAACGAUGUUUUCGACAUUCUUGAAUCCCUGCGGUCAGCAAAAGAGAAGGAUGUCAUUAGUGCUGCCAGUGCGUGCAGCAAGCUGUUCAGCACAUUGUUGGAGAGAAAAGAUUUGUUUAUUGGGAAACUUCCUGACGAAGACGAGGCGUUAAAUGGAGACUAUAGUGCUGAAGAGAAGUACCACAUUUUUAUGCGACACCGUUACAACAGUUGUGUGGAGAUGCUGCUCGAGUAUCUACAUCACGAAGUGCAUGAAGUUAAGGAAAGUGUCCUCAGCUGUCUGAUGAAGUUUGCAGCUGCAGAAGGACAGCAUCCUCUUGAAGACAUGGACUGGAGUGAACAUUACAGCUUUCCAAGGCAACUAAUACAGUUAGUGGUGGACAACAUUCUGUCUAAAACCACAGACAACUCCCUGCUGAUCUCCAAGUUCCAGGAAUAUCUGGAGAUGGAGGAUGUGCGUUACUAUGUAAUGAGCUCCAUCCGUGUGAAUGUCUCUGCAGUCAUGGAAAAAAACAAAGAGGUUUUGUUGCAUGUUUAUCAGAACAACGUGUUCACCCUUAUGUCCAGCAUUAAUAUGCCAAGCCAGGAAUCGGAGCUAACUAACUUCAUGGUCAAGCAGGAAGCCAAACUAGAGGACUGGAAAGCUACUAAACUAAGUGACCACAAGAGAGGCUUUGAGAAAAUGUGGCUUGGUUUUCUCAAGUACAAGUUGCCCGUCAGCAUGUAUAAAAAGGUGUUGGUGAUCCUUCAUGAUGCCGUUUUACCACACAUGAUCAAACCCACGUUGAUGAUCGACUUUCUGACGGCUGCGUAUGAUGUUGGUGGUGCAAUCAGCCUGCUGGCUCUCAAUGGUCUUUUUGUGCUCAUACAUCAACACAACCUAGACUAUCCUGAUUUCUACAGAAAGCUGUACAAUCUUCUCGAGCCCUCUGUUUUCCACGCCAAGUACAGAGCACGCUUUUUUCAUCUCGUCAAUCUCUUCCUUAGUUCCAGCCACCUGCCCGUUUACCUGGUCGCUGCCUUUGCUAAGCGCCUGGCUCGUCUGGCUCUCACCGCUCCACCUACGGCUCUUCUCAUUGUGCUGCCGUUCAUUUAUAACCUGAUCCGUCGCCAUCCAUCCUGCAGAGUCCUGAUUCACAAGCCCACAGCAGAAGACGAAGCUCUUGAGGAUCCGUAUGUGAUGGAUGAAGAGGAUCCAGUUCAUUGCUGCGCCUUAGAGAGCAGCUUGUGGGAAAUUAAGACGCUGCAGAAGCAUUAUCAUCCAGAUGUGGCCAAAGCUGCAAUGUUGAUCAACACCCCUCUGCCGGUGCAAGAAGACGACAUCAGUGAGGUGCUGGAGAUAACAACCCAUGAGCUGAUGGAACGAGACCUGAAGUCUGAGACGAAGAGCGUCCCACUGGAGUUUGAGACAGCCACUGAGUUACUGAGAGGAGGAGAUGUGAUAAAGCAACACUUCAGUCUGGUUUAAACAGCAAAAUAUGGAUUGGAGUGAUUGGGCUUUGUUGAGUAAAAACAGCAGUUAUGUCAUCAGGAUCAGAAGCAGCUACAAGAACAAAUGUUUAUAUAUUUGGUUGCUUUGAUAUGUGCUAAAUAAACAUCAAUAAGUCAGUUUCCUUCA